AUUGUGAAGCUUGUGUUUAGAGGAAGAAGAAGAAGAAGAGGUUAGAGAUGGAUCUGAAGGGGACGCCAGUUGAAAAUGGAUACCGUAUGCCUGCUGAAUGGGAAUCCCACUCUCAUUGUUGGAUGGGCUGGCCUGAACGUCCAGAUAACUGGCGAAACAAUGCAUUCCAUGGUCAACAUGUAUUUGCCAAUGUAGCAUCUGCUAUCUCAAGAUUCGAACCAGUAACAGUCUGUGCUAGUGCUGCUCAGUGGGAAAAUGCACGCAACCUCUUACCUAAACAUAUCAGGGUUGUGGAGAUGAGCAUGAAUGAUUCUUGGUUUCGUGAUACUGGUCCAACUUUUGUCAUCAGAAAUACCACAUCAGAAGAUACUGAACAUGUAGCGCCAAGUGUUGCAGGAAUUGAUUGGACCUUCAAUAGCUGGGGUGGUGUUGAUGAUGGCUGUUACGAAGACUGGAGUCAUGACCUUCUUGUUGCAAGAAAGAUUUUGGCAAUUGAAAAGGUCCCAAGGUUUCCACACUCUAUGAUUCUUGAAGGUGGAAGCAUUCAUGUCGAUGGAGAAGGGACUUGUCUCACGACAGAAGAGUGCCUCCUGAACAAAAACAGGAACCUACAUUUGUCUAAGGAACAGAUUGAGAAUGAACUAAAAGCAUAUCUUGGAGUCAGGAAGAUUAUUUGGCUGCCUCGAGGGUUGCUUGGUGAUGAUGAUACAAAUGGUCAUAUUGACAACAUGUGCUGUUUUGUGAAGCCUGGUGUUGUUUUAUUGUCUUGGACCGAUGAUCAAUCUGAUCCACAGUAUGCGAGAUCCAUUGAAGCCCUUUCUAUUCUUGAAACUACUUCUGAUGCCAAUGGUAGAAAACUACAAGUGAUCAAACUCCAUGUACCUGGGCCACUCUGUAUGACAGAUGAGGAGGCAGAUGGAAUAUUUCAGGAUGGUGAUGCUAAACCUAGGACUUCAGGUACAAGGCUUGCUGCUUCAUACGUUAACUUCUACAUUGCCAAUGGCGCAAUUAUUACUCCGCAAUUUGGGGAUAAAAAAUGGGAUGAAGAAGCUAUUAGAGUCCUCUCACUGGCAUUUCCAGAUCAUGAGGUGGUAGGAAUUGAAGGUGCAAGGGAGAUUGUAUUGGGAGGUGGAAAUAUACAUUGUAUCACGCAGCAGCAGCCAAGCGGCCCAGAAUAUUCACCCAAGAUUUUAAAUGGUUCCACAUCUUAGCAGAGGGAUAACUAAUAUUUGGCAUGUGCAAGUGAUAACAUGGAGCUGUCCGUAAUCUGGCUAAUAUCAGAGAUUCUAUGAAUGAUAUCCUUACUUGACAUCUGGUAGAUGAACUUUAUUUUAUGUAUUUUGCUUUUUCUUUCAAGAUAUGGUGUUACUCGCUUAUUGAGGACAUGACCAUGGAUAGAAAGGGGUGGAGGUUGAGAAUAAAGGUUAAGGGUUAGGUAGUCGAGUGUUGUCUUUGUUUGUAACAGUAGCUUUGAUACACCACUUGGUGUUUUCGUGUUUUUUCGUAUCCCUAGACUUCUGUUACUACUUGCUGUUGUCUUUUGUUUCGGUUUUCUGAUCGCAUUACCUAUUGCUAGUUUUGUA